GCUCACCUGGCUCAGGUGGUUGCAAAACUCCGUCGAAUAGGAGGAAGUAGGUCGGCGCGACAGUAUGUCUGCCUCGGCGAUCUUCAUCCUUGACCUGAAAGGGAAGCCACUAAUCAGCCGCAACUAUAAGGGAGAUGUCAGCAUGUCGGAGAUUGAUUACUUCAUGCCACUCGUCAUGCAAAAAGAGGAAGAGUCUGACCUGACCCCGGUCCUCUCCCAUGGAAAAGUCCACUUCCUUUGGAUAAAGCAUAGCAACCUCUACUUGGUGGCCAUCACCAUGAAGAAUGCCAAUGCCUCACUGGUAUAUUCCUUUCUCUAUAAAGUGGUUGAGGUUUUUUCUGAAUACUUCAAGGAGCUGGAGGAAGAGAGCAUCCGUGACAACUUUGUCAUUGUGUAUGAGCUACUGGAUGAGCUGAUGGACUUCGGGUUUCCUCAGACGACAGAUAGUAAAAUUUUGCAGGAGUACAUCACUCAGCAGGGCAACAAACUGGAGACAGCUAAAUCCCAAGUUCCAGCCACUGUCACCAACGCCGUCUCUUGGAGGUCGGAGGGGCUCAAAUAUAAGAAGAAUGAGGUCUUCAUUGAUGUCAUUGAAUCGGUUAACCUGUUGGUUAAUGCCAAUGGGGGCGUCCUGCUGAGCGAGAUCGUGGGUUCUAUCAAACUGAAGGUGUUCCUUUCUGGCAUGCCGGAGCUCCGCCUGGGCCUCAACGACAGGGUCCUUUUUGAGCUCACAGGACGUGGAAAAAAUAAGUCUGUAGAACUCGAGGAUGUCAAGUUCCACCAGUGUGUGCGACUAUCACGUUUUGACAAUGAUCGUACUAUUUCCUUCAUUCCCCCUGAUGGAGAUUUUGAGCUUAUGUCAUAUCGCCUGAGUACACAGGUGAAACCUCUCAUCUGGAUCGAAUCUGUCAUUGAGAAGUUCUCUCACAGCCGAGUGGAGAUUAUGGUUAAGGCAAAGGGCCAGUUCAAGAAACAAUCAGUGGCCAAUGGUGUGGAGAUAAGUGUGCCUGUCCCAAGUGAUGCUGACUCACCCAAAUUCAAAACCAACAUUGGCAAUGCCAAGUAUCUGCCUGAAAAGAAUACGGUUGUCUGGAACAUAAAGUCCUUCCAAGGCGGUAAAGAAUAUUUGAUGCGAGCCCAUUUUGGGCUGCCCAGCGUUGAGAAGGAAGAGCUGGAAGGUCGGCCACCCAUCUCGGUCCGAUUUGAAAUCCCCUACUUCACGGUCUCUGGGAUUCAGGUACGGUACAUGAAGAUCAUUGAAAAGAGUGGGUACCAGGCUCUACCAUGGGUCCGCUAUAUCACCCAGAGUGGAGAUUAUCAACUUCGGUCACAUUAAUCGUAUGAUUCCAGAGAUUCUGAUACUGUCAAGAAUGAAGACGUCUGAAUGACUUUUAAUCCAGGCUCUAUUUGGAUCUGAUCUUGUAUAUUUGUAUAUUUCCUGGCAAAGUGCUACUCUGAUCCUCAGUCCAUCCAACCACCACUUGGGUAGAUAGUUGUUGGACAAUUGCACCAAAGGUUGAUCUGGGUGGGAGAGAAUCUUACUCUUAUUCUUGUCUACAAUGGCAUGUAUACUUCUUCCUAGCUUGAAUGAAAGAAUGAAAGUUUGUAUACUGUGCCUUGCAAGGGUUUUGGGUGAAAAAUCUUUAAUGAGUAAAAGAGCUACUGCGGUGCAGUGGUUAGAAUCAGUACUGCAAGAUACUUCUGCCUGCCUGCCAGCUGCCUGCAAUUUGGCAGAUUG